AUGUAUGCUGAAACCACCAAUUUUAAAAACGUCGAUCUUGCACGCAUAAUCCUGACUUCCAAUGCGUUAACAGAGCAUAUCAAGCGCGUCUAUUUCCAAGUACAGGCUUGGUAUGGUUCACAAGGUCAAGAUGAGACCUUAGAUCCGUUGGAAUGGGGGUGGGAGUUGGUAAAUGGAGAGCUCAGUCCUGUCACCAUGACCCAGGAAGCCGGUCCCGAGGAAAUAUUAGGCAAAAUUUCUUGUUCUUGUAAAACCGACUGUGGCACGAGGUGCGGGUGCCGCCGAACUAAAGAUAGUAAUUCGACGAUUGACGAUGAUCCAGAACUAACUGGAAGAGAAAUAGUAGAUGAAUUAAAAAAUAAAUUUGAUAAUACUAGUAAAUGGAGUGAAAAAUUACAAAUUUUAUCUGUUCUUCCAUCAAGUUGGUCGAUAGAAAAAAUUGUUAAUACCUUUGGAGCAUCUUCCUACAUAGUAAGAAAAGUAAAACAGAAAGUAAAACAAGAUGGUAUUCUGUUUAUUCCUGAUUCCAAUAAAGAAAAGUACCCAUUUGAAAAGAAAGGUUUCUCAAAAUGUGCUAGUUUGAAACCGGCUGAAUGUGUUCUUGCUGGUGCAUCAGGCACUCACGUUGUUUGUGUUUGUCUUAUUCAUGAAAAUUUUAAACUUUUAUUUCACGGUGCGAAACUUGAUAAAUUAAAACUUCGAGAUGAUAGUCAACCAUUAUCGUCGUAUCGAGACUGUAUGAAAAUGUUUAUAUGCCAAGAACCUACAGAAAACUGUUAUUUCGGUACCUGUACUCAUUGUCCAGGCUCAAUAAAAUUAAGAACUAUUUUGGAAAAUCUUUUCACGGAUAAUUUUUUAGAUGAACUCAAAUGUAAUCAGUGGACUCAAGUUGAUAGAUGUUCUUUGGAGACGAUCAUUAAAUCAACUGACGAUUUUGUUGAUUUUUUUAUAGAAUCAAUUCCAAAAGUACUGCAACAUGAUUUUAUUGCUAAACAACAAGCUGAAUAUUUCCAAACCGUAAAAAGUAAUCUUGAAGUUGGACAAAUUCUUGUGGUUGCUGAUUUUUCUGAAAACUAUUCGUUCUUGCUACAAAAUAGUGUUCAAGGAGAAUAUUGGAAUAAUACACAAGCAACAAUUCAUCCAUUUGCUUGUUAUUAUAAAUCUAUUGAUGGGAAUGAGAGCAAAGUAAUACCUCUUAGAUUGAUAAUAGUUUUGGAAAACUUAACGCAUAACACUACUGCCGUUUACAGUUUUCAAGAGGAAUUAACAUCGUUUCUUAAAACUAAGGUUCCCAAUAUUACAAAAAUUAUUUAUUUUUCGAAUGGUGCUGCAUCUCAAUACAAGAACCGGUACAAUUUAGUUAACUUGCUCUACCAUAAAGAAGAUUUUAAAAUACCAGUCGAAUGGCAUUUCCAUGUAACUUCUCAUGGGAAAGGUCCAAGUGAUGGGUUGGGUGGACUUAUCAAGCGUUUACUUACCCGAUCUAACCUCCAAAAAGAAGCUGAUCAACAAAUACAAACUCCUGAAGAAAUGUGUAAAUGGGGCCAAGAUAAUCUUCCUGGAGUAUAUUGUCGUUUCGUUUCCAACAAUAAAAUUUAG